AAUCUUGGCUCUGUUGUAUGUCAUACAAACCACCAAAUGCUAUCAUCACUGACCAAUGCAAGGCAAUGCAAAAUGCUAUUGAAGAGGUUUUCCCUCAAACUCGUCAUAGAUGGUGUAUAUGGCAUAUCAUGAAGAAGAUUCCUGAAAAGCUUAGUGGUUAUGAGAAGUAUGAAAAGAUUAAAUAUACUUUGUCAAAUGUUGUGUAUGAUUCCUUGACCAAACAUGAUUUUGACAAAGCUUGGGCAGAGAUGAUCAAUAAAUAUGAUCUUCAGGACAAUGAAUGGCUUGCUGGAUUAUAUGAUAAUAAAAAUCGAUGGGUGCCAGCAUAUGUAAAAGAUACAUUUUGGGCAGGAAUGUCUUCAACACAAAGGAGUGAGAGUAUGAAUUCUUUCUUUGAUGGCUAUGUCAAUGCUAGAACAACUUUGAAGCAAUUUGUGGAUCAAUAUGAAAAUGCAUUAAGAUACAAGGUAGAGAAAGAAAACAAAGCUGAUUCUAAGUCGUUCCAAGAGGAAAUUCCAUGCAUUACUCACUAUGACUUUGAAAAGCAAUUUCAAGCAGCAUAUACCAAUGCAAAGUUUCAAGAGUUUCAAGAGCAAUUAAGGGGUAAAAUCUAUUGCUAUCCAUCUCUGCUGAACAAACAAGGGUCACUUUUCUCAUUUGGAGUCAGUGAGGACCGCAAGAUUUUUUUUGAAGGGGAGGAUGGCGAGAUUAAAGAGAAAUGGAUUGCUUCAGAGUUCACGGUCUUGUUCAACCAAGAGGAAUGUGAUGUGCAGUGUAUUUGUAGACUUUUUGAAUUUCGAGGCAUCUUGUGUAGCCAUAUCAUUUCUGUGCUUGCUCUCAUGAAGAUUAGAGAUGUACCUUCUAGGUAUAUAUUGCAGCGAUGGAGAAAGGAUUUUAAGCGCAAACACACAUUUAUUAAAUGCUCCUAUGGUGAUAUGCUGAAUACACCAGUCGUGCAGCGUUAUGAUGAUUUGUGCAAGCGUUCCCGCGAAGUGGCAGAGAAAGGUGCAGAGUCUGAUACAUUGCGUGACUUGGUGAUGGAUGGCCUUGAUGAGUUAGAAAGAAAGAUUGAGGCAUAUUGUGCCAGCCAAGAUGUUCAGGAAGAUGGUCCAACUUCAAAGCAAGAAGAUACAAUGCUAAAUAAAGAAAAACUUGUACUCAGUCCAAUCCCUGUUCGCAGUGUAGGCCGUCCUCCUUCAAAGAGAAAGAUGUCUAAAGUGGAUCAAGUGAUCAAAAAAUUGAGAGCAAAGAAGCGGCAUGUGCCGAAAACUACAACCAAAGUGCCAUCUCAAAAGCAGGGAAAGGGAAAUGCUCACUAUGAAGGAUGUGAGGCUGGAAGUUUUUUGUUCUUUCCAAAUGAGUUCCAGGAGCUACAAACAAAUGAACCUGCUACACCAACUCAUAUCAUGUCUUACAUUGAUAUUCUCCAGGGAAAGAAAGAUGUCAUGGACUUGCUCGCUGCUAAUCUGAAUGGAUGA